UUCAGCUAGCAUACCCAAAAAAAAAAAUUUGAAUUCGAAACAAAAGUGUGGGGAGGGUUCGAACCCUAACCCCCAAUCCCCACACUCAACGCCGUUACAUCCCUCUUUCUCCAUUUUCUUCUUUUCUUCUCUUCUUCCUCUCUCUUUCUUGUCCCUUCUCCCUCUGCUCCUCUCUUUCCUGCGCAACUCCUGCUCUCGGUGAUGCCAUCGUCGACGACUCCUCCACCACCAAUCGCGUUGCCCAGGCCACCAUUGUUGGCCGCAGUUCCACGUCCCAACUGCAACACCCGUUCAUCAUCCUUCCAUCCCCCAUCCACCGUUUGCCUUGUCUCAGGUUGUUUUUCAGGAUGAAAUCAGGCAAAGGAAAGAAACCGGCCGCAAGGCCUAAGCAACCGGCAUCACACAAUGUCGUGGUAUUAUCUCAUCCCGACAUGGAAAUUCCGGCAUGGGAUUCGACAACAUAUACAAACAAGUAUUGUGAAACCCAAGGUCGCCUAUUCAACCAAAAAAAGAAGCUCCACUUUGAAAGGAUGCUACAGCUAGAUAAACUUCCUCCCGAUCUCCAUAAAAUGGUUAAUGAACAUAUAGAGACUCGAGGGUGGAGUUUCUUGGAGCGGAAAUUGGUGGAUAUUAAUGAAAGUUGGGUCUUAGAAUUCUAUGCCAAUUUCUUCUCCGUAACCCUAAAAAUCGUGUUGCUGAGGGGUAAGCAAGUCUCGGUCACUGAGGCUAGCAUAGCUGAGAUACUACAGAUCCCUUCAAACUGAAGCAGAGGUGUGCCUAUGACAAAGCACUCCAGCACUAGGUCCAUUGGGAUAAAAUCUCGGAGAAAAUAGCAAUUCUGGACAGUGAGUGGAUCUUGAGCACUGAGCAGAAGAAGGAGCCUAUCGGUAUCCUCCUCAAGCAGCUGAUCCGUGAGGCUCGGAUUUGGUAACAAAUCCUGGGAAACUUUGCCAUUCCGAGCUCUCACAGACCACUGUCUCUACUGACUUAGCCAUCUUGGUGUGGACUAUUUUGGAGGGAGAACCUGUCUUCCUCCCGAAGAUUAUCAUACAGUCCAUGGGAAAGGUGCCCGCCGUUACACAGCGUAAGGUAGCCUUCCCAUGUCUUAUCACCGAGAUGGCCACAAAAGCUGAACUUGAGUGGCAGGAUGACAACUACCUCUCCGGAAUUCCCAGUAAGGAGAAGUUCAUUCCUUACGGGAAUUGGCUUAAGGAGGAACUACUGGGUAGUCGGAAGUGCAAGUGCAGUGCCUCCACAGCAGCAGACCAGCCAUCCACCUCAGCACCAACAGCAUCACAGCCCCAGUAUCCCGAGACAAAGGAGUUCAGAUUUUUGGAGCAGCUAAAACGUAUGGAAAGGCGCAUUAACAGGCGCUAUAAGAAUAUCAAGCUGCAGAUCUGGAUUUGGGAACCGAUGCUAGAGGAGCUUGACACCCCAAAGGAGCGAUCAGAGGAUGAAGAUGAGGCUAGGGCCGAUGGCGUUGAGGGAUCUCCGUCGCCCCAGCAUGACACUGACCAUCCAGCUUCCCCAGCUCCGUGAGCCUCUCUCUGAGCACCGAAGACGGUGCUAAAUCUAAAAGUGUGGGAGGUCUCCGACCGUUGGCGACACUUUUCUGGGUGAUAAAUCUCCAUUCUAAACAACUCAGCUUUAAUUUCUAUUAUGUUUAUUUUUUUGAUACUUUGUUAGCAUUUGGAUGUUUUGGACACAUUAUUUUUUAGUUUAUUGCACUUUUACGUUGACUUGUGUAUAUAUGCUUUUAGUUUUAAUUGUUGAUUGUGAUGAGACAAUGAGUUAAGUGCACCUAGUUGAUUUCCUAGAUAUAUGAUGAAUUAGUUUGUUUGAAAACUAGGAAAUGAAUUUAGGAUUUUUGAUGACUUGCAUCCAAUUACAAUUGCAUAUAAAUAAAAAAAUAAGCUUAGUCAAAUAAGGAUAUUUUCAGCUAGCAUACAAAAAAAAAAUUCCAAUUUUUUUUUAGGGUAAUCCAAAAGUUGAUUUGAGUUGAAAUUUUCAUUGAAAUUUGCUUGAAACAUU